AUGUCAGGUGCGACUGUGGAUACCUGCUCCGAGAUCACCACCAAGGACUUAAAGGAGAAGAAGGAAGCUGUGGAGGAAACAAAAAAUGGAAGAGAUGCACCCGCUAAUGGGAACUCUAAUGAGAACAAAGGGAAUGAGUCUGACAAUGAGGUAGACGAGGAAGAGGAUCAAAGUGAGGAGGAGAAGGAGCAAAAGGAAGAGGAGGAAGGCAGUAGUGAGGAAGAAGAUGGAGAUGAAGUUGAGGAAGCCAAGGCAGCUAUGGGGAAUUGGGCAGCUGAAGACGAUGAGGAUGAUGAUGUUGACACCAAGAAGCAGAAGACCGACAGAAGAAAAGAAAGAGUUAAACUUAAAAAAGUCCGCUGUGACCUAUUCACCCUCCAUUUCCUGUCUCAGAAUCUAAACGUGGUCAUUUUCGAGUAG